AUGAACAAAUUAGGGUUAAUCAUAGAAGAAGUUAAAAAUUUAAAGAAUAACAUCAAGAAAAAAUACACUCUUUUACGUGAUAAUAUAUAGUUACUGCAAAAUGAUAUAGAAGGUUAAAAAGUUUAUGUGUAAUAAAAUAGAGCGUUUGUCUUUCCCAUAGACUGUUUAUAGCGUAUUUUAAUCAUAAUAGGAGACAUCAAAAAAGCAAAAGUGAAUAUAUUGAUUUUAGGAUUUGUAUAGAAUCUGCUCACUCUAUAAAUAAUAAAUACAUCUAUUCAUAGCUAAAUCUUAGAUUACCUAUUAAAAAUCCAAGAAAUCAAUAAUGAUGCACUGUAGAUUAAAUUAUAGCAGACAUUCUGCAUACUUGUCAGCUAGACGACUUUAACAGUUACAAAUAUAGAAUUUUUAGAAAAAGUGUUUACUAUGUUGAUUUUAAUGAAAAGCUCUAAAAAUCCUUUAAUUGCAAACACUUCAAUUAGUUCUCUAAAUUAAAUUAUGUCAAAUAUAAUUAAAGAAUCAACUAUUAAUACAAACUAGCAAUAAAACGUUGGAGAAGAAAAUAGUUCUCCAGAGAGGAAAGAGAUUAGUAGCAAUAAUAAUAGUUCUCCUUUAAAGAGAGAAAAUGGAGUAAAAAUAGUUAAUGUAAGUAUAACUGCUUAAGAAGAGAAAAUUAGAUUUUUGGCAUAAGUACUGUAUGAUUUUGUAAUGCUUGCAGAUGAUUAAAGGUGUUAAUGGUGGCCUAAAACUAUUCCUAUAGAUAAAGAAUUAGGAUUUAAUAUAUUGUUUUAAUCACUUUUAGAAAUCGGCAAAAAUGUUUAAACUUACAAAGAAAUUCAAAGUGUUUUCAGAUUUAACUUUUUCCCAAUUAUAAAAAAAUCACUGACUAAUAAUAGCAAUACUAAUAUUUAAAUUCUUAAUUUGAUAAGAGGAUUAACAAAAACUAUAACCAUUUUCAAUGAUGAAUUUGAAGUUUUAGAAACUCUUGUUUAACUUGCUUUAGGAAAAGAACUAUCUUAAGUCAAAUAUUGGUCAUUUGAAGGGUUGAUUUUUGUAGUUUCUGAGUACGAAACACUUUAUUAGAUGUUUUGUGCUUACAACUUCAAAAAACAACCAAAUAAUACAUUUAUGCAAAUACUGUAAUGUGCAGUCAAGGUAGUCCAACAAAUAAAUCAGCAAUAAAAUGAAUAUGGAUAACAGAGGGUAAUUUAAUCAUAACAAAUAAAUAUAAAAACAGCAAAAGCUAUUGAAACUAAUGACUAAGAUAUAGAGUUUCCUCAAAUAAAUUCAUUUUUAUAGAUUAAGCAGGCAAUAGAUUUUUUCUUAAAGCUUUCUAAUUCCUUAGAAAUAAUUUGCAGAAAUAAACUAGGAUUUGAAUUAGGAUAAAAGAUAUUAGAAAAUAAUAGAACUUCAUAAUAUGAAGGAUUCAAAAGCAUUUUUGACCUGAUAUGGAAAGAAGUUUAUUCUUCUGUUAAAAUAUUACUUGCAUAAACUGUAGAUGAAUCGUUGUUUUAGAAUAUUCUAAAUAUUAUACAAACAUUUACAAAUAUUUCAGGUACAAUAUCAAACAGAACAGCUUCAGAUCAGUUCAUAAAAGCUAUUUGUAAUUAUUCGUUACCAAAAGACUCUGAUAUGACUCCCCGUAAUAUACAAACAAAUAAAAUGGUCUUAAAUAUAGCACACUGCUUAGGAAAUUUACUUGAGAUGAACAGUUGGAUUUAUAUUCUCGUCUUCCUUUAGAAAAGUGAAAGUCUUUACAAUAAAAAUAGGAUAGCUAGAGAUAACACCUAGGAGGAACUUUCAAAAUUAACAGAUAUUUAAACAUUAUAAAACACAUUAGACUAUUUAUUUGAAAAUUCAUAGAAUUAUGAAAACAACCAUCUUCUUACUUUAUUGAAUUCUUUAUUUGAAUUAAUCGUUGAUUAAAUUUCUGAUGAAAAAAAUUGCGCCUCUUUAUCUAACAGUUCUUCUGCAUAAAAAAAAAAUGAUGCUAGUAUUAACGUUAAAAGCAAGUAGUCAAUAUUUAGCUUGCAAAAGCUUCUCGAAACACUAAAAGUGAACCUUUAUAGAAUAGAUUUAAUGUGGGAGACAGUUUCUGCAAAUUUUCUGUCUAUAGCAACUACUAGAAAUAAAUUUUUUAGAGAGAAGGCUGUGGAGACGUUGGGAGAUUUUGUUUUAGAGUCAUUCCAAUAUUUAGAAGAUGAAUACUAAGAAAACUCAACAACUACAUAUGUCCGUAAGGUUGAUGUAAAGCAGCCCACUUUUAAGGAUAAGGAAAAGUGGACCAAAGAGAACUGGUAGUUUACUCUAUUUUAGCCCUGGAUUGAUAUUUAGUGUCACAGUGAAUCAAAGGACAUCAUAAUGAAUAAUAUAUUAAAAAUUUUACAAAAUAAUGGGCAUGUUAUCAAUUAAAGUGGAUGGAGCCAAAUUUUAGACAUACUCAAAGGAAUAUCAACAGAUUCUUCUUAAAAUUAUAUAUUUACAGGCAUUAAAUGCAUUGAACUCUUGGUUAACUAAUAUUUAAGUAACUUACAUCACUCUAAAAUGUCCACUUUGCUCAUGAUUAUUGAAAACUUUAAAAAAUAUUCUAAUGAUAAUAAUAUUAAUUAUUUAAGCUGUGAUAUGCUUUGGCAUAUAGGAGACCAUAUUGCCAAAAAAUAAACAAACAUCUAAAGCAGCACUGAUUCUUAAUUCAUAAGCAAAGAAGAGUUUGGCUUGCUUAUUACAUCUAUCCUUGAAAAACUACUUUCACUAUGUGUAGAUCCUCACGCCGAAGCAAGAAAUUCAGCUCAGCAUAUAUUCUAACAACUGAUCGUUCACAAUUUUUCAAAAUUAUCAGCUUAGUCUAGUGUUUAAAUUUUAGAAAACAUGGUGUGGAACAUGGGAGAAAGUGUUAUAACAAAUUUAAAAUAAGAAAUAAGAAAUGGUUCAGAUAAGAUAAAGUAAUGGGAAGAGACAGCUUCUAAUACAUGCUAACAUUUGACUAAAAUAACAAAACGCUAUAUUAACAUCCUUGAUAAAAAAGAAACUCUCAGUUAAGGUUCCACAUUAAUGGAAGAUUCUGAUACUAUGUUUUAUAGCAUCUAAAAAUCAUUUCAAAGUUUUUAAAAGCCAGGCUAAGAAUAACAAGAAAAUGGGGUUGAUUUAGAGAAUCAAUCAGAAUAUUAGGAAUUAUUAGCUCUUAAUUAAAAGAGUAUUGUUUCUUUAAUAGAAAAAUGCUUAUCACUGCUACUUAAAUUCCUUGAAAUAAAUCUUAAUGAUUUAAACAAGGAAUCCAUAAAAUGCAUGAGAGAUUUAUAUGGGUUAAAGCCACUAUAAACACUGCAAAAUAAUCAAAUGUUCUUAAGCAUCAUUGUUUACCUUUAAUCGUUUUUCUAAACUGUUCCUCCAUAAGUUAAAAACGUGAAAAGCAUAUUUCAGUAGUUUUAGCCAGAAGUUUUAGGGUGGAUAGAUGAUUUCAUUUAAACCAAAUUUACGAAUGAUGAAGAUAAAAAAUUACAAAACUCUCAAAUAGCAAAUGUUUUUGAACUUUUUUACCUGAUAAUUUUAUUUCCAAAGCUUGUUAAUGAUGAACAUGAACUAUAAGCAAACAAGAUUUUCCCUGAUGAAAAAUACUACAUUGAAAUCUUGUAGAGAUGCAUGCAAGCCAUGCAAGAAUCUCCAAUUUUAGAAGAAGAAUACAUAAAUCUUAUACGAAAAAUCAUUAACUUACCAUUAAAUUCUCUUUUGAUUGAUAACAUACAAAAAAAGAUAAUCCCUCUUAUGAUUUAGCAAAUAAAAAAUGAAACUAAUUUUGAAAAAUAAUAUAUUUAUCAAUUCGUUCUUUCUAUUUAGACAACAAUUUUUACAAAAAACAACAUUAAGUAUAUGGAGUUAACCCAAUAAAAUUGUUUUUCUUCAAGGAACAAGCCUAUAUGGAUGACAAGCACAGAAUGUCUAUAAGACUUAUCACUCUUUUUAAUAUAAAAAGAACCUUAAUUCAUCCAUAAAUUGUAUUAAAUCUUAUGUGAAUAUUUCAUUCAAAAUAAAUAUGAUAUAGCUAAUCUUAUAAAAUACUAUAAUUCUGAUAUGCUAAAAGAGUACUUUGAAUGUGAAAGGAUACUUUUAGAUCUGAUUAUUUCAAAAUUUCUUCCUUUACCUUGCAUCUCUAAAUAGAAUCUUAGACUUUUUGGGUAUGUUCUUUACCAAAAUAGCUAAUUUAAAAUUGAGAGUGAGUAAUCAUAAACAUAGUACAAUUUAGAUGAUUUAGGAAUAAACUUCUCAAAAAAUUGCUUAAAUCUACUAUUUAAAGCAGCUUAAGCAGAUAAGGAUAAAGAAAAUUAAGAAAAAGCAGUACUCUUCCUUCCAUUUUUAUUGAAUAGAUGUCGUCUAACCUUCGAAUAAUUUUUGUAAGAAUAAAAAUAUAUGGUAGGCUCUGUAUACUAUAAAGCGACUAAAAUUAAAGAUAUAGAUUACAUUCUUUAAAUGUUAAAAAACUUAGAGAUAAACUCAAAUAGUUUCCACAAUAUUUAAAUCUAGGAAGAUUAAAAAGGGAUUGAUUUACCGUAUGACAUCCAAAACAAUUUUGAAAGUUAAGCUUUAAAUAGUGAAUAUGGACACCUUAUAUAUCUCUUCCCUUUAAUAAAGUAGUGCAUGACAUCACAUUAAAACCAAUUUGAGUCAUCAAUAAAUGUUAUUUUUUAAAAAAUUUAUCAAGUUUUAGGAGUAAGCUAAUAUUACUGA